GCUGUAGUCCUAAAAUGGAUGUGAAGCGCAUCAAGGAUUACCUCUCCUGGCUGUACUACCAGUAUCUGCUCAUAACCUGCAGCUAUGUCCUAGAACCCUGGGAAAAGUCCAUUUUCAACACCGUCUUACUGACCGCCAUUGCCAUGGUGAUAUACAGUUCCUACGUAUUCAUUCCCAUCCAUGUUCGUCUGGCUAUGGAAUUUUUUUGGGGGAUCUGUGGAGGGCAGCAUGAAAGUACUGUAGCAUUGAUGAGCUGACAUAUACUCAAUCUUUCUUACUCAACACGCCUCCUUAAUUGUGCACUUUCCUAUGCUUCCAAAACGGAUUGACAAGAAUUGGAUUGCAUGGCGUUUGAGCUGUGGCGAAGACUCUGCUGCUCUUCCCAUUGUUUUCUCCAGUGGACUCUGAAAAUAUGUUAAACGCAAAUCUUAGCUGCAUUAAAUACUUGUACCCA